UCCACCCCUCUCCCAGCUGGCGGCCGCCGCCAACAGGCCGCGGAGCGCGCGGUCGUGCCGGGAGCAGAAGAGGGUUUCCCGUCAACCUCCUCGCAGAUCUGCUCAUCUCCUUCCUGGCCCUGCUCAUGGAGGCAUCUCGAAGUCAGUUUGUCAAUGGCCGUGUGCGCAGCGGGUUGGUCGGCAGCAGCGGUAGCGCCGGCGGUCAAGGCGUCGAACACGUCGGAGUUGGUCACGACGCGCCGGCAAGAGCUGCAGCACCUCGGCCGGAAGCAGCACGUGAGGCUUUGCUGCCGAUGGUGGAUUCGAUCAUCAGCUCGGAGGGUCAAUCGGCGGCACUUCCUCUCCUGCUCAAUGCAACGAAUCUUGACAGCGCGUCUAUCGGCAGGCCGAGACCACAAUCUUCAAUGACGAAGGCCGCGCGCGUGUGGUUCAUGGGCACCGGCAGAAGCCGGGCGAUGUCGGCGGUGGCGAUGUGGCAGAGGCAGAGGAGCGGGGCGCUGCUUCGGUUGGCGACGAAGGGAUCGAAGCCGUCGCAGCAGGCGGUCGGAGGCGCCGGGACGCUGGCGCUGGUGAGGAAGCCCGCGCACGGCAUCAAGCUCCUCAGCGACGACCGGCACUCCCUCGGGUCCGUCGCCGGCGGCGGCGGCGGCGGCGUUACGUUGUAGCAAGGGAUCAACGGGAUCUCGGGAACCACGGAGGGCAAGGAAGUAUCCGUGGUAAUGGCAGGUCAGGGACGCUCAGCCCGGCCGGCUGCAGGGAGUGCUUCUCCAUUGGGCGAUGGAGCGGCGGCCUUGGCUGGUCCUCCGACUCUGGUCGCCGCUGAAGGACGAGGGCCAGGCACGACCACGGCGAAGACGACGACGAGCAAGGAGAUCUGGACGCGUUUGUCAGAUGGCGCCAUCGAUGACAGAGAGGGGUGUCUCCGUCAAUGGAGACUAGGCUCUGUCUUGGGCUGUUGGCUAGUGCCGUAGAGCGUGGCGAACAAUGAAAAAAAACCUACGUGGAAGGUGAUGAUCGAUCUUUGAGAUAGAAAAAUAUAAUCUUAAACGCAACAAACCUUGUACAAUCUUCUGGAGAUCGUCCCUACUCCCUAACCCUGACUCGGCUCGAGAUGCAUCUGUAACAAAACGCAGAAAUGAUCUGGUAGACCGUAUCAGCAUUCGGCAAAUAAUUCUGUUGCUGGUGAUGAUGUAUAUUAUGGUUAUGAGAUAUAUCUGCGUAACAGAUGAAAAUAAGGUCGAUGGGUAUGCAUAAUAAUAA